AACAUAGUAGAAAUAGUGUUUCUGACUGUCUGUCAGAAGUGAUGUACUACCUUUAUUACAAAGGACAGAAAAUUGGUUGAAGAGGAAGUGUAAAGAAAGAAGAACCUGGUGCUGUUUCAGAUUCUUGUUGAAUAUGCUCCAGUGGCAUAAAUCAAUGCAGGCUCAAGAGUGAUAUUUGGACUUUGACUGAUUGCUGCUCACGACAUCAGGUCUAACAUGGGUCGCUACCUCAGCACCAACAUGUGUUCUGUGAACAGGACUUUGAGAUCAUACUGCAAAAUUAGGUACCUUAUGAGCCUUAUCAGAAGGCAUCCACGUCUAGCCAAAGCGCCGCUCUGCUUGGACGUCCCCAGAUAUUCAGUGCUGUCACCUCCUCAGCUUUCCAGAUUUACAAGAAAAGCCAAUUUUAAAAGUUCAAAACACAGUGAUACGGGCUCUACCUCUUACCACGUCCUCAGAAAUUUAAGCCAAGAGGUGAAACAUCUUCAGAUUGUGCGUUUUUACUCAUCCUCUAAUAGGGAUGUAUUCAAAGCCAUUGGGGUCAUUGAGGAGGCUCAGAACAGUUUUCAUUGGAAUUCACUGCGUGAAUGUCUUGGUCAGCCCUUUAAUAGACUGUCCAGACACAUAAACAUUUAUUUCAAGAGGAAGGAUGUUGUACCUCUAACUGAAAAUGCCAGUCUCAUUGUCGCAACUCCAGAAUAUCUCGGCAGGUCACAGAGACGUAGUCAAAGUCAACGAGCAACCAGAGAACGAAAUGUAUCUGAGGGCAAAGACACAAUGCAGGUCUAUAAGUCCAAAGACAAACAGCAGAGCUCAGGAACAAGUCCGUCAACCCAGGAAAUGUCUGGACUGCAAUUAUUUCACAUCAGCUCUUUGGCGACAAGAUUUGGUGAGAGCUACAGUUACGUCGCUAAUCACAUUAACUCAGUCUUUUCCCGAGGUUUUGCAAAAGUUGAAUUGCAGGAGAAUGUGCAAACCAUGUCUUCCACCCGAGUGACACACAGGAGACAGAAGAGGAGAAAAAUGCAAAACACCUGUAUUCUGACCUCUAAAGAAGCUGAAAUGCCCUUAAUAAAACCCAGCGCUGAACAGGCAACAGUGGAAUCUAACAAUCUCUACCUUCACUUUGCAAGACACAUCAAUAAAUACUUUGGUGCCAAGGUUACUGAUGAAGUUCAGAACAGGAGAGAGCACCUUCCUGUGGAAAAAAAUAGCGCUUGCAAAAACUGCUCAACAAAAUCUGCCUCACAAACUCAAGGUGCUACUUCACAGCUGAAGCAAGAGGCACCUAUCGUUCCUGAAAGUGAAGGCCUUUUCCACAGCAGCCAUAUUACAACUAGCUUUGGGGAGAGCCAUUUCCAAAUGGCCAGUCACAUUAAUCAGUAUUUCAAGGGUCAAAGGGGACAGGAUGAGGAUGCUGAAAACCUUCUAAUAAAGAUGGACCUUGGAUCUGCUACCUCUGAAAGACUUAAGACCGUCACCUUUAUGGACUGCCUCCGCCAUCCCACGAGUGCCAUCCCUGACUUGCUGGGUGCUUAUCUAAAGCUGAGCCCGUUGACCCAGGCGAGUAAGCCCAAACUUGCCAUGACUUCACCAGCAGCAAUAUUAAGUAAAAAGCUUGUCUUGAGUCGGAGACAGGCAGAGGAAAUCACACGUGGAUUGAUUGGCAGUCUGGGACUUGCUUCAUCUCCAGGAGCUCUGAUUGCUUGUGUGGAGGCACUCAAUGAACACCUUAUCCGUUACCCCUCGUGCAAAGCUGUAAUGUGGCAGGAGAAAAUUGCAGUCACAUUGUUGAGAAAGCGACGAAACUACAGAGACGACCAGGUGCUUCAGAGUGCCGUUAGAGAAACCUUGGCUCUAAUUGGCUAUGUGGAUCCAGUCAAAGGUUGUGGCAUUAGAGUGCUUUCAAUUGAUGGUGGUGGCACAAGAGGUGUGGUGCCUCUGCAGGUGUUAAAGCUACUGGAAGAUGAGACAGGGAGAAAGAUCCACCAGCUGUUUGACUACAUCUGUGGAGUGAGCACAGGCGCCGUUCUAGCCUUCAUGCUGGGUCUGGCCCAUUUUUCUCUAGAGGAGUGUGCUGACAUGUAUCGUCGAUUUGGCUCUGAAGUGUUUCGGCAGAACCCGCUGGUUGGCACCAUGAAGAUGGGCUGGAGUCACUCCUACUAUAACACUGAGACAUGGGAGACAAUAUUACGAGAAAAGCUGGGAAAUAGAGUGCUUAUUAAAACAGCCAGAGAGGAGUCAAGUCCCAAGGUUUCAGCAGUAAGUGCUGUGGUAAAUUGGGGUACCAGUCCUAAGGCCUUUGUCUUCCGCAACUACAACCACAAACCAGGCUCUCUCAGCCGCUACGCAGGAGGCUCAGCCUACCAGAUGUGGCAGGCAGUGAGAGCAUCAUCAGCUGCCCCAGGAUACUUCCAAGAGUUCCCUUUAAAAAGUGAUAUUCACCAGGACGGAGGAAUUCUCCUCAACAACCCCUGUGCCUUGGCUGUCCACGAAAGCCGUCUGUUGUGGCCCAAUCAGCCCUUCCAGUGUGUGUUGUCCCUUGGCACAGGUCGCUAUGACAAUGCUAAGAGGGGUCCUGCCACCUCCACUAGCCUGAGGGCGAAAAUCAGCAAUCUGAUCUGCAGUGCCACUGACACCGAAGGGGUUCACACCCUUUUAGAUGACCUGCUUGCUCCAGACGUCUACUUCCGCUUCAACCCCAUGCUGAGUGGUGAAGUGUCCCUGGAUGAGAGCCGACCGGGGCCCCUGGACCAGUUGCAGAGAGACACCCAGACCUACCUGGAGAGAAACCGGCCCAAGCUGGCCAGGCUGUGUUUGGUGCUUGGGGCAGAGCGCUCAGCUGCAAGCAGAACUAAAGACUGGAUGAGUGAGAGAGCCUGGGAGAUGAAGCAGAGAUGGGUAUGAGUGGGUAUAAGCAUAUUCAAUGCACAGAUGCACACAUACACAGGCUGUGUACAAAACAACAGAAACAACUUGAAGUACAACAGCCUGUAUGUAAAUACAAAUUUGGUGAAAUGCACAAUAUGUUUGCUGUUGAGACCUCAACUGAGAAAUCAUUUUUAGCCAUGCUAGCAGUAUUGCUCUAUGGAUGAUGAUGUCAGUGUGUUGGUUAGUCCACCACUUUGUUUCAAAGGAUUAUCAAUCUUGAAUAACAACAAAUGGACCACUGUUAUCUUGAUAUUCAUGUUCCCCAGAUGAUAAUUCCUAAAGGCUCUUGUGAUCCCCAGAUUUUUUCCUUUUAGCACCACAAUGAAAGUGAAUUUUGCAGUCUGAUGUGAAAUGUCUUAACAGCUGAUGGUUGGAUUGCCAUGGACCUUGUUUCCACUGAGGAUCAAUUGAAACAGCUAGGGUGAUCAACUUUAGAGGAGGUGGAACAAUCAUCAUCAUUUAUAAGUGAUUUUUGAAUUGAAUACAGUACAAAGAAGCCAGACGGUUGCUGAAUCUUCUGAGCUUCAUCAAAUUAGUCAAGAUCAUUAUAAGAUUGUAUUGUAAGAAGUUUCUGUUUUUUUUCCGCUCCCUGGUGUCUCUGUACCAGAUCAAUACAAUGUUGGCAACAGGUCUCACAUACCAUUCAAGUGAAUGGGAAAGUCUGUCCAAACUUUUGACUGAUACUGUACAUAUAACAUAUUGUUUUACUUCUAUACAUAGAUGCACAGAACAAACAUGCACAUGAAAUAAGCACUCUCAUGCACUUUGUUUAAAAAAUUUUGCAAAAUUUACAUAUGUGACAUAGUUAAGUUGAUACAAUUACUAUUUUCUUUGAAAAUGCACUUUUCAGUGUUGUUGACAGCAAUAUAAGUUAUAUAUCAUGCCACAUUAUGUUUUCGUAUGAUGUUGUAUGAUUUUGGCAUUAAAUUAGUCUAAAAUAAAUUUAUAUUUAUGAA